UUCCGUGUGUAUGACAGUCCUGAGUGCGAAGCAUCGGAAGAACAUCUGUCCGUCUGUAGUCCGUCUGUCUCCAACGCGCGUCUCCACUUUUUCUGAGGAUGCUACAGUUACCGCAGCUCCGCCAGGGCGUGAUCGCGCUUCUCAUUUGGUUCGCGCACUUGAUGGAACAGCAGAAAGUACAAGCUGGCAACUGCUGGCUUCAGCAGGGCAAGAACGGGAGAUGCCAAGUUCUGUACAUGUCUGGGAUGAGUCGGGAAGACUGUUGUAGAAGUGGUCGCCUGGGCACAGCGUGGACCGAAGAGGAUGUACCCAAUAAUACACUCUUCCGGUGGCUGAUCUUCAAUGGUGGUGCUCCGAACUGCAUACCUUGUAAAGAGACUUGUGAUAAUGUGGACUGUGGUCCUGGAAAGCGGUGCAAAAUGAACAAGCGGAAUAAGCCCCGCUGCGUGUGUGCCCCAGACUGCUCCAAUGUCACUUUUAAAGGGCCUGUGUGUGGCUCCGAUGGGAAAACGUACCGGAACGAGUGUGCCCUCCUUAGGGCCAAGUGCAAGAGACACCCUGACCUGACUGCACAGUACCAGGGAAAAUGCAAAAAGUCGUGCUAUGAUGUGCGCUGUCCUGGAAGCGCAACGUGUGUACUGGACCAGACCAACAACGCCUACUGUGUGACCUGCAACCGGCUUUGCCCUGAGGUGACCUCACCGGAGCAGUACCUGUGCGGGAACGACGGGAUUGUGUACGCCAGUGGCUGCCAUAUCCGAAGGGCCACGUGCAUCAUGGGACGGUCCAUUGGAGUCGCCUACGAGGGGAAAUGCAUAGACGCCAGGUCCUGUAAAGACAUCAAAUGCCGGGAGGGACGAAAGUGUCUCUGGGACAAGAAGACGGGACGGGGACGCUGUGUGAUAUGCGAGGACACCUGUCCCGAGAGUCGUCCGGGUGACAGCGUCUGCGCCAGCGACAACGCCACCUACCCGAACGAGUGUGCCAUGAGGCAGGCUGCCUGCUCCUUGGGUCUCGUCCUGGAAGUCAAACACUCAGGCUCCUGCAACUGUAAGUAGAGGAUGCUAAACCUGGCCGCACCCAUGUCCCGCAUUCCCUCCCCCUGCCGAAAACACCCCUCUUUCUCGCCCCUCCCAUUGCCCCCACAAGGAACACGAGGACUGUCGGAGAGAGAAUUUCCUCUCGCAAAGACUUUGUGUUUUAACUCAGUGGCGAUGAAACGUUAGACGUGUCCGGGACAGUGCAGAUGCUCAUCUAUUGAUGAGGUGUUAAGCCAAAAUCUUUGAGGUCAAGCCUGGAAGGAUUUCCGUUUGGGAUGCGAGACAGUUUUGAACAUGCUGCUCCUCUGAUUUGGUUACACUCUCUGUGCAUCAGAGACAGAAACGUGACUGACGGUGUCAUGUGGAAAGUUCAUAGGGACGUAAACUCACUUAGCAUGCUCUGUUUGUGAAUCAUCUUGCUGUUUUUGCCUAUGGCAGGCUGACCGGCUCUGUGAUGAUCCUGAUACAGAUGCGUGUUAUGGACAAAGAAAAGCGAUCCUGGUGCCAUUAUGGUGCACGGUCAGAAGUUCCCCAGUGCAAAAGAGACAAAAAUGUCCUGGAAAUAUAAAAUACGAGGGCAGAAUUUUUUUUUUUAAAUGUGUAUUUUAAUAUAUAUAUAUAUAUAUUUCUGACACAUAUUUUAAUUG